UGGCGCGCCCAGCCCUACGCAGACGCUGCCGCGAAGAGGAAGGAAGAUGGCGUCGACGAGCCGCUUGGAUGUGCUGCCAAGAGUGACUUGUCCAAACCAUCCAGAUUCCAUUUUGGUGGAAGAUUACAGAGCUGGAGACAUGAUCUGCCCAGAAUGUGGACUAGUAGUAGGUGACAGAGUCAUAGAUGUAGGGUCAGAAUGGCGGACGUUCAGCAAUGACAAAGCAACCAAAGACCCAUCCCGAGUUGGAGACACCCAGAAUCCUCUUCUAAGUGAUGGAGACUUGACUACAAUGAUUGGCAAGGGCACAGGUGCAGCCAGUUUUGAUGAAUUUGGGAAUUCAAAAUAUCAAAACCGCAGGACUAUGAGCAGCUCUGAUCGUGCAAUUAUGAACGCAUUUAAAGAAAUUGCUAGCAUGGCAGACAGAAUCAACCUCCCCCGAAAUAUAGUUGAUCGAACAAAUAAUUUAUUCAAGCAAGUAUAUGAGCAGAAGAGCCUGAAGGGAAGAAGUAACGAUGCCAUUGCCUCUGCUUGUCUCUACAUUGCCUGCAGACAAGAGGGUGUUCCUAGAACAUUUAAAGAAAUAUGUGCUGUAUCCAGAAUCUCCAAAAAGGAAAUUGGCCGGUGUUUUAAGCUCAUCUUGAAAGCCUUGGAAACUAGUGUGGAUUUGAUCACAACUGGAGAUUUCAUGUCCAGAUUUUGUUCAAACCUGGGUCUUCCUAAACAAGUCCAGAUGGCAGCGACACACAUUGCACGUCAAGCUGUGGAAUUAGACUUGGUUCCUGGGCGGAGUCCCAUCUCAGUUGCAGCUGCAGCCAUUUAUAUGGCUUCCCAAGCCUCAGCGGAGAAGAGGACUCAGAAAGAAAUUGGAGACAUUGCCGGUGUAGCUGAUGUUACAAUCAGACAGUCAUAUAGGCUGAUUUAUCCACGGGCUCCAGAUCUUUUCCCAGCAGAUUUCAAAUUUGACACCCCAGUGGACAAACUGCCACAGCUGUGAAAUUUCUAAGGCUCCAUCUAGAUCCUACCCACCCCUCAAAGGAAAGGAAAGAAAAAGAAAGAUUUUUGACUUACAAGACAGAUGAAUAAAAGCAGUACUGCUGAGCCUUCAAAUUGCGGAACUGGUUAAAGGAUGUGAAGAAGCCUUUCUGAAGCAUCAGAGCACGCAUUCCAGGUGUAAAAAUAAUAAUUUUGUGGCAUUUUUUAUGUAUAUAUUAGUGAAAGUAACUAUUUAACAACCAUUGCAACAAGCUUAAUUUCCUGUUGUAUGUACUUAGAUUUCUUUUGUAGAGAUCUAGUAAAAUUCUAAUUCUAAUUCCUGAAUAAACUGUUUUCCAAAAGCA